AUGGGCGCAGAAUUUGCAUCUAAGAUCUUCCUCCUUUAUCUUCUAGUUGUUAUGUGUGUUGAUGGAAGUGAAAGAGCCAGGGAUGACUCUCCUGGUGAUGGGACGCAUGGAGAACAUACUCAUGCUCAUCCAUCAUCCCAUAUGGAUCACAUGGAUCAUUCACUGUUAGUGUUUUUCACCUUGAAUGAUCUAAAAGUGGGAAGAACAAUGCCCAUUUAUUUUCCUAAGAAGGACCCUUCAAAAUCUCCUAGUUUGUUGUCUAGAGAAGACGCGGAUUCAAUUCCUUUCUCAUAUGAAAAGCUUCCAUAUCUUCUUCAACUCUUCUCGUUCUCUAAAGGGUCUCCCCAAGCCAAAGCUAUGGAAGAUACACUUAAAGGUUGCGAGAUUAAACCCAUUAAAGGAGAGACCAAAUUUUGUGCUACGUCCUUAAAAUCCAUGCUUGGUUUUGUACAAGGGAUAUUUGGCUUGGAGUCUCAACUAGAAGUUGUAAGCACUACCUAUCUCACAAAAUCUAGUAUCCUGUUCCAAAAUUAUACUAUCCUAGAAGUUCCUAAAGAAGUACCAGCUCCAAAGAUGGUAGCAUGUCAUACUAUGCCUUAUCCUUACGCAGUUUUCUAUUGCCAUAGCCAAGAGACUCAGAACAAGGUGUUUGUGGUCUCACUGAUUGGUGAGAAUGGAGAUAGGGUAGAAGCUCUUGCCGUUUGCCACUUGGAUACCUCACAGUGGAGUCGUAAUCACGUGUCGUUUAAAGUACUUGGAAUUGAACCAGGGUCAUCCAAUGUGUGCCAUUUCUUCCCAGAAGACAAUCUUGUAUAUGUUCCAACGCCUACUAUGCCUAACGAUGUAUUAAUAAAUGUAAUGUGA